AUGACUGAUUCCGAACAAUCUCUGUUACAAUCAACAGAAAAUAGAAUAAAACACCGAGUUGUCGUAAUUGGUGGUGGAUGGUCGGGCCUCUACGCGUUAAAGUAUCUAUUAGGCGAAGGUCUAGACGCCCAUUUAUAUGAAAAUCGCUCACACAUCGGAGGUAUAUGGUGUUUUAAUGAAAAUGAAAAUGUCGGCGGCGUUUACAAAACUACUCACGUCACCUCAUCAAAAACAUUUUUACACGCAUCUGAUUUUCCUAUACCGAAAUCUUACGGUGAAUUUCCUUCUCAUGAAGAGAUUCUUGGAUAUCUACAUUCCUAUGCGGAUCAUUUUAAACUAUGGCCAAAUAUACAUUUGAAUUCUGAAUUGAUCAAAAUUGAACCACAAUGGCGACUGACUUUUGCAAAUCAAUCUCAGAUAAUUCACUGUGAUUAUCUUGUCAUUUGUUCAGGACAACAUCAGCAUGCUAAUGAUCCACGUGACACACAUCCAUUUGAUCAAUUUACUGGAACGUUUUCACAUAGUAUUUCAUAUAAGCAUCCUUAUCAGGAGCAAUUUAUGAACAAAAGAAUCCUUGUCGUUGGCGGCGGCGAAACUGGUAGCGAUUUAGCAGUGGAACUGAGUGCAACAGUGGCUAAACGCGUUUAUAUGAGUAUUCGGGAAGGUCAAUGGUUCCAAGCACGUGUGCUAGGGCAACAACCGGCUGAUAUAAUGUAUACAAUGUUAAUGAGAUUAUUUGGUUAUUAUAACAACAUAUUAGUUCGAUGUUGGAAACGAAUGUUUUUUGUUCCGAUGUGGGGUAGUGGUGGUACAGGUGUUCCCGAAUGGAAUCCAACAGUGCCGUUUCUACACGGAUUUAUUAAUAAAAGCCGAGAAGUUGUAGAUUUCAUUGCAUUGAAUCGCGUUAUUCCCAAACGAGGCAUCACAUCAAUUAACCAACAACUCAUUACUUUCGAUAAAGAUGAAACUCCCGUUGAAAUUGAUCAUAUUCUUCUUUGCACUGGUUACAAAUGGAUUCACCCCUUUUUCUCACAUUCAGACAUUCACGAUCUAUACAAGCUCGUUUUUGCGUCGGGUGUCAAUGGUACUCUCGCAUUCGUUGGUACAGCACGACCCGUUUUCGGUUCGAUACCAGCCAUGGCUGAACUGCAAGCACGAUGGGUCGCUGCAGUCUUUGCUGGACGAUGUCAGUUACCAUCGGAAAAAGUUAUGGCACAACGUCGUCAAGCCUAUUGGACUCGCCAUGCCCGUUUAUAUCCACACGAUCAUCAUCGUCUCAGACAAUUAGUUAAUCUUUUUGAAUACAGUGAUGUUAUUGGUGACGAAUUAGGUGUGCGUGUUAGUUUAUUUUAUUUAUUCUUUCGGCAUCCAUCGAUUUGGUUUCGCAUUUAUUGUCGUUCACCUUGGUCGCCAUUUCUUUUUCGUAUUGGACGAUACUCAACAGCUGAAGAAAAACUAGCCUAUCAACGACAUUUAGACUGUGUCCCCGAAACAGAUCAAACCUUCCAUCGUUUUAACGAUGUCAUGCUCGGAGCGUGGUUAAUCACCUUGUUUUGUUUACUGAUUUCUUUCACUAUUGUUUUCUUAAAAGGAGGAAAAAUUUUGGUUGUCAUCGUCAACCGGCAUCAUAAAAUAACAUUAGGUAACUGUUUUGUUAUUGAGUCAAAUAUCCUUGGAGAGAGAGAGAGAAUGGAUAACACAAAUGAUGAAGUAUAUUUUGAAUACGAUACCUACGAAGAAUUUCGGCAGGAACGUCUUAAAUUGAACUACAAUAAUAAUCAACUAGUCAGACGACAGACAACUCGACAACAACGAGCACGUGUAAGAAAUAUGAAGUUUUUUGCAUUUUACUGUACAUUGCUGAAGAAAACAUUUCUUAGAAAGAAAAUUCAAUCGAAAGGUUUUCGAUUAUGGAAUGAAACAUUGAACGUACCAGCUGUCAAAGAUGAAUCUCUAUAUGGCAUCUACCAAUCAAUGGGUCGAAUAACCAGCGAAUUUCUUCAAAAAGGUCAACGAUACGAUCCAACGAUAAGCCACGAAGAAUUAUUCAAGGCUGGCCGGACUGUGUGGUUUAUGAUUGCUUUUCAAAUGCAAUUGAAUUUACCUUUAGUAUUAACUGAUUCAAUAUUUGGUUACAAUAUGCUUUAUCCAUAUACCGAUGAUCUAGUCGAUUGCAAUGAUAUAACACGAGAAGCGAAAAAGGAUUUUGCCAAAGUAUUUCAUGACCGAUUACUCUUUGGCGAAUCAACGUACGAUCCUACAUCUCAUUUCGACGGUAAGCAAUCCGAUUCGACGCAGUUGAAUCUGCCUACAUCAUUGCAACCGCAUGCAAGUCGCGUGGUGAAAAUCUUCGAUAUGGUAAAAUUUAUCGAAAAUGAUUGGAAACGUGGUGGCGAAUACGAAGGUGUCUACAUGAGUUUAGCAACAAUUCAUGAAUCGCAAAUGAAAUCAACGUUACAACAUGCUAGAACAGAAGAUAAUUACGCUCCGACGAUGGCUCAAAUUGAACAAGUUAGUGCAGAAAAAGGUGGUGCAUCAUUGAUAGCUGCGGGUUUUCUCAUCGAAGGAAGAUUAACACAUGCAAAACUGGCUUAUCUCGAAUAUUUAGGAUUCGGCUUACAACUGCUAGACGAUCUACAAGACGUGCGAGAAGACAUGAAAAACAACCAUCGAACGAUUUUUACUCAAACGCUCGCUGAAGGUCAACCACUAGAUGCGCCGACAGCUCGUUUGAUUCAAUAUUGUUAUUGUGCUCCUGCUUAUGCCAAGUUUAGUGAUGAUCAACGCACCGUCUCAGAUCGUAAGACUGGCGUUACAUUAGCACAUUACGUUCGAGUCUCUAUGAUGAUGUUUUCGGUGGUAUUGGUCUUAGAAGCAGCUUCGCGUUUAAAGGAAUAUUAUUCGAAAGACUUCUAUCGCGAAUUAUCAUCGUUAAGUCCGCUGACAUUCAGUGAUUUGAAAAAAGUUCGUGUCGAAGAGACGAUUUGGUCGAUCGUACGAAAUCAAUGGUUUUAA